GCUACCAUACCUAAGAAAAUUUACAAAUUUCGACAGUUAAGAAUGGCUCAAAAAGACUCUCCCGUCAUCAUCGUCGGUGGUGGACUAGCUGGUCUGGUCGCCGCUUUCGAACUAUCCAAACGCAAGGUCCACGUUAUCAUCAUAGACCAAGAGAAUGAAGCUAAUCUAGGUGGACAAGCGUUUUGGUCUCUGGGAGGUUUAUUCUGCGUGAACUCGGCGGACCAGCGUCGGCUGGGUAUCCAAGAUAGUCGAGAGCUGGCAAUGGAGGAUUGGUUCAACAGCGCACGGUUUGAUCGUGAAUGUGACCUCUGGCCCAGGAAAUGGGCGGAGGCAUUUGUGGACUUUGCGACUGAUCAUAUCGAGGGUUAUGUCAAGUCGUUGGGGGUGAGCUUUGCUAGCGUUGGUUGGGCGGAGCGUGGAGAUGGGAGUGCAGGAGGACAUGGCAAUUCUGUCCCGAGAUUUCAUAUUUCCUGGGGCACUGGUCCUGCGAUUGUGGAGGCUUUUGAAAAGCCGGUUCGUGCUGCUGCGAAGAAAGGGCUUGUGGAGUUCAUGUUUCGUCACCAAGUGGACUCUUUGAUUGUUGAUGAGUUUACUGGUGCUGUCAUCGGUGUACGUGGUCAAGUGCUCGAGCCAUCUGACACAGCACGUGGUGUAGCAAGCAACCGAAAGAGCAUCGACACAUUCGAAAUGUACGGCAGUGCAGUGCUUGUUGCAAGUGGAGGUAUCGGUGGCAAUGUAGAUUUGGUUAAGAAGAACUGGCCUGUUGAUCGACUCGGCACUCCACCGUCGAACUUCGUUAUUGGUGUCCCUGCACAUGUGGACGGGCGCAUGAUUGAGAUUGCAAAAAUUGCUGGGGCCAAUGUAAUCAAUGAAGAUCGCAUGUGGCACUACACCGAAGGUUUACAGAAUUGGGAUCCCAUUUGGCCGCAGCAUGGGAUACGAAUCAUCCCAGGGCCCUCCUCGCUGUGGUUGGAUGCCACAGGGAAGCGGCUUCCCCAAAUGCUCUACCCUGGAUGUGAUACCCUUGCCACUUUGAAGCAUAUAUGCAACACCGGCUAUGACUAUACAUGGUUUGUACUUGAUAAAACGAUCAUUGGCAAAGAAUUCGCACUCUCGGGCUCCGAGCAGAACCCUGAUUUGACAGCAAAAAGCAGGCUAAGAACGCUCCACCGAAUACUUGGCUCCGCGGUCCCUGACCCUGUUCAAGCAUUCAUGGAUAAAGGGGUAGAUUUCGUGGUGGAGGCAACAAUACCAAAACUGGUAGCUGGAAUGAACAAACUUGCCAAAGAACGAGGGGGUCCUUCUCUAGAGGUUGAGAAGAUCGAACGCGAGAUCCACAUUCGUGAUAUGCAAAUCGACAACAAAUUCACGAAAGAUGCUCAAAUAAUGUUGAUCCAGAAUGGACGUAACUACUGGCCAGAUCGUCUUGGCCGUGUGGCUAAACCGCACAAGCUGGCCGAUCCGUCACACGGUCCGUUUGUCGCUGUACGCCUGAACCUCCUGACUCGUAAGACUCUGGGGGGUCUGGAGACGGAUUUGCAUGGGAGGGUGCUGCGCCCGGAUGGAUCACCUUUCCCAAACCUGUACGCUGCAGGUGAGGUCUCGGGAUUUGGUGGUGGCGGAGUGCAUGGUUAUAGUGCGCUUGAAGGAACGUUCUUAGGGGGCUGUAUCUUCUCAGGGCGAACGGCAGGUAUCAGAAUGGCUGAGGAGGUGGCAGGGAAGCCACCACGGUCUGCUUUGUAGGAUGUUUCAUAUGUGUGUAUGUACAUAAUACAAUCAGUGCUAUUGGAUCAUUCGGCGGGUUCGGUACUCUGUUGUGUUACAACUUAUACUUAGUAACUGUGAAGGACAGUGUAGAGGGGAAUAAAGUCAAUCCAUGAUGUUUAAUCACUCCCUAACUCUGGAUUUGGUAAUAUCAAGGCAAACUAUGAGAAAACUAACCCACCUGCAGUCCCAUGGAAUGUCUAACAGAAGUACUACCACAGUUGAGUCCCAACACUUGGGUGAGCUUGAAAAUAGUAUUCAAAUAUCAACUUAGGUCAACCAAUAACACCUGCUGAAGACAGGUAUAGAAUUGUCAUACCAUUCGUCCAGUAACAGCCAUCAAACCCACAGUAUGUAAUGGAAAAUUACAUAGAUAAAUCCAUCGGUGUUACU